UAAAUGAAUGAGUUUUUCUAACCCUAACCCUCCUUCUUUCUACAGAGUCUUUAAGAAAUCCAGCCCCAACUGCAAGAUCACAGUUUAUCUAGGGAAGCGAGACUUUGUUGAUCACUUAGAACAUGUAGAUCCAGUUGAUGGAGUGCUUCUUGUAGACCAAGAGUAUCUGAAAGACCGAAAAGUGUUUGUGACUCUGACCUGUGCGUUUCGUUAUGGUCGGGAGGAUCUGGACGUCCUGGGCCUUUCCUUCCGGAAGGAUCUGUACGUCAGCACACUGCAGGUGUUCCCCCCUCUGGAGGACAAGAAGACCCCUCUGAGCCGCCUGCAGGAGCGGCUGCUGAAGAAGCUGGGGCAGCAGGCCCACCCCUUCCACUUCACUAUCCCCCAGAAGCUGCCUUGCUCAGUAACCCUCCAGCCAGGCGCAGAGGACACUGGGAAGGCAUGUGGCGUGGACUAUGAGCUCAGAGCAUUCUGUGCUAAGACUGCAGAGGAGAAGAUCCACCAAAGGAAUUCUGUUCAACUGUUGAUCCGGAAGGUUCAAUAUGCCCCGGAGAAGCCGGGUCCUCAGCCAAUGGUGGAGACCAGUCGCAGCUUCCUGAUGUCCGACAGAUCUCUACACCUAGAGGCCUCACUGGAUAAGGAGCUGUACUACCAUGGUGAGCCCAUCAGUGUCAACGUCCAUGUCACCAACAACUCCACCAAGAGUGUGAAGAGGGUGAAGAUAUCUGUUCGUCAGUAUGCCGACAUCUGUCUGUUCUCCACGGCUCAGUAUAAGUGUCCAGUUGCCCAUGUUGAAGCAGAUCACCAGGUUUCUCCCAGCUCCACCUCCUGCCAGGUCUACACUCUGACCCCCACGCUGGGGACCAACAGGGAAAAGAGAGGCCUGGCCCUGGAUGGAAAGCUAAAGCAUGAAGACACCAACCUGGCCUCCAGCACCAUAGUAAAAGAAGGGACCAACAAGGAGAUGAUGGGGAUCCUGGUUUCCUACAGAGUCAAAAUCAAACUGGUGGUGUCUCUUGGAGGGUAG